UGAAAUGUUAGCCGAAGCCAUGGGCUUAGAUAUUGAAGUAAUUAGCAUGAAUGAUGAAUUUGAAAAAUGUGAUAAAGCCGUUCAGCAAGUUUUAGGUAAUUUGACUGAUGAAACUCUGAAUAAGAAAUUUAAAGAUGUUUUCUUUGAUUUUCCCGUGCCGAUUAAUGAAGUAAUCUUUUUCUGCACAGCUAACUAUCCCGAGGAUAUUGAGCCAUUUUUAUUAAGUAGAUUAACCCGAGUAAAAAUUGAACCAUUAACUUUUAAAGAGAGAAUAGAAGUAGCCCAAGGCUUAAUUGAUUAUAAUUUUGCUAAAUAUGAGAUUAGUCGUUUAAAAGCUAAAUUUGAUUUAGAAUUGAUUAAGAAAUGUCUCU